UUUUCUUUUUCUUUUUCCUUUUUUUUUUUUUUUUUUUAACCGGAGACAACUUAUUUCCUUCCAUGAUUUUCCCUGCGUCCAAACGCAAAAACAGUAAAACCCACCCACCGGAAAAAGAACAGAAAACAUGGCAUCAGUUCGUAGGGUUUUAUUAUCGAUCUCUGAAAGAAAGGGUUUAAUUUCGAUGCCUCGAUUUCUUCUAAUCCGUGAUAUUAUAACAAUCCAACGUUCAUUCUGCGAGAGAGCGUUCAAUCCCAAUCCUCUGCUCGCGAGACUGCUGCAGGAACCAAGCUCACGAAUUAAAAGUGCACUAGAUUCAGAGGACAUGUCUGCCCUCAAAAGCUCCGGAUUUUCCUGGGAAGCCCUCGUCACUUCUCUCAGAUCUUCGUCUCCGCAGAAAGCCCACCUGGUUUUGGAAUGGAGAUUAGAGAAAAUGCUGGAGGAGAAUGUGAGAGACCAUGAUUCCUUCUCCGAGUUGAUGUAUCUCUGUGGAAUGGUUCAGAAUGUUCCUCUCGCCAUGCGUGUCUUUACUUCUAUGGAGGGUCAUGGAGUUAGACCCACUUCUUCUGUUUUCAAUUCCCUUAUACAUGCUUGCUUGUCUUCAGGUAAUGUGAUGACAGCCCAGAGCUUGUUUGAGAUAAUGGAGAGCUCGGAGGGCUAUAAGCCUAAUUCUGAAACUUAUGAUGCUUUCAUAUCCACAUUCUCGAAUUUGGGGAAUGCUGAUGCCAUGCAAGCUUGGUACUCUGCUAAAAUUGCUGCUGGGUUCUCUGCUGAUCUUCAAACCUAUGAGUCUCUCAUUUUGGGUUUUGUUAAAGCAGGAAAAUAUGAUAGCGCUGAUAAAUUAUAUGAAGAAAUGAUGGCGUCUGGAGUCAUUCCCAACAUACCCAUAUUGGACAAUAUGCUUGAAGGGCUUUGCAAGCGGAGCAGUGUUUGCCAAGUGAAAGAGUUCUUGAACUCUGUGCUUGAUGUUGGUUAUGAAAUUUCUGGCCAGAUGGCUGAGAGGCUUGUGAGGUUGUAUGUUGAAAUGGGGACUGUGGAAGAUAUGGAGGAGCUACUCGUGACUUUAACGAAUGCCAAUCAAUUAUCUGAGUUUCUGUCACGGGUGCACUGUGGAAUUAUAAGGAAAUAUGCCAUGUUAGAUAGAUUGGACGAUGUAGAAUAUUCUGUUGGUAGGAUGUUAAAACAAGGCUCGUCUUUCAAUUCCCCAGAUGAUGUUGAGAAGGUAAUUUGUUCUUACUUCAGGCGGGCAGCUUUUGAUCGGCUAGACUUAUUUUUGGAACAUAUAAAGGGUUAUUAUGAGCUCAGAAGAUCAACUUAUGAUUUGUUGAUAGCUGGCUAUCGAAGAGCAGGUUUAUCAGAAAAAGUAGACACGGUGAUAAAGCAAAUGAAAUCAGCUGGAUUGUCAUAGCAUCCGGUAUCAUGUUCAAAGCAAAUUACUAUGAUCUUUCAUGUGCCUUCAUUGGCACAAAUGCAUGCAAAUGCCUAUGUACCUUCAAACCUAAAGGGUUUGGCUCAUAUCAAGAGAGAUGAAGGCGUGUGACAGGCAUUCAAACCCUCAUAUUAAGAGAGAUGAAGGCAUGUGAGAAGUCACGAAAAAUAGAGUGCUGCAGUACAUGUAAGCUUAAAAAAUUAGUGGGGAUUCCCCUUUAUGGAAUUGAGCUGGCCAUUUUUUGAAUAAGAAUCAAGUACUUGAUGGAAGGUUUAAUCC